AUGGGAAAUUGUAACGCGUGUGUGAGACCGGAGACUACAGAGGACGAGAAGUCGGUGAAUCGGAAGAAGAAUGAAAAAGAGCGGAAAUCGAAUCCGUAUACUCGAGAUACUGCUGCUAGGUCGCCGGCUCCACUUAGGGUUUUGAAAGAUGUGAUGCCGCUUAGUCACCGGACGAGAAUCAGCGACAAGUAUAUACUGGGGCUUGAACUAGGCCGUGGAGAGUUCGGGAUCACGUAUCUGUGUACUGAUAGAGAGACGAAGGAGGCUUUGGCUUGUAAAUCGAUAUCGAAGAGGAAGCUGAGGACUGCAGUGGAUAUAGAAGACGUGAGGCGAGAGGUUGCUAUAAUGUCGAAUUUGCCUGAACAUCCGAAUAUAGUGAAGCUUAAAGCGACCUACGAGGACAACGAGAAUGUUCAUCUUGUUAUGGAGCUUUGCGAGGGAGGUGAGCUUUUCGAUCGGAUUGUAGCCAGAGGACACUACACCGAACGUGCUGCAGCGAACGUGGCGAGAACAAUUGCUGAAGUGGUGAGGAUGUGUCACGCUAACGGAGUUAUGCACAGAGAUUUGAAGCCUGAGAAUUUCUUGUUUGCGAACAAGAAGGAGCAUUCGCCUCUCAAAGCAAUUGAUUUUGGUCUUUCAGUGUUUUUCAAGCCUGGGGAAAAGUUUUCGGAGAUAGUGGGGAGUCCAUACUACAUGGCGCCAGAAGUAUUGAAAAGAAACUAUGGACCAGAGGUUGAUAUUUGGAGUGCGGGUGUGAUAUUAUAUAUUUUAUUGUGCGGGGUUCCGCCAUUCUGGGCUGAGACUGAACAAGGAGUAGCUCUGGCAAUUUUAAGGGGCGUACUUGAUUUUAAGAGGGAACCAUGGCCACAGAUUUCAGAGAGUGCUAAAAGCCUUGUCCGGCAGAUGUUGGAGCCAGAGCCUAAGAAGCGCUUAACUGCUCAGCAGGUGCUUGAUCAUCCUUGGUUACAAAAUGCAAAAAAAGCUCCAAAUGUUCCACUAGGAGAUAUUGUAAGGAUGAGACUCAAGCAGUUCUCUGUUAUGAAUAGGUUCAAAAAGAAAGCCCUAAGGGUGAUAGCAGAGCACUUAUCUGUUGAAGAAGUUGAAGUGAUCAGAGAUAUGUUUUCUUUGAUGGACACUGACAAUGAUGGGAAAGUAUCUUUUGAGGAACUGAAAGCGGGACUAAAAAAGGUUGGCUCACAAUUGGCUGAGCCCGAGAUGAAAAUGCUCAUGGAAGUGGCCGAUGUUGAUGGUAAUGGUGUACUGGAUUAUGGAGAGUUUGUAGCAGUUACAAUACAUUUGCAAAGGAUGGAAAAUGACGAGCAUUUUCGCAGAGCAUUUAUGUUUUUUGAUAAAAAUGAAAGUGGGUUCAUUGAAUUAGAUGAGCUACGGGUAGCCUUAUCUGAUGAAGCAGGUGAAACCGAUAGUGAUGUGCUGAAUGAGAUCAUGCGCGAGGUUGACACAGACAAGGACGGACAAAUAAGUUACGACGAGUUUGUGGCAAUGAUGAAAACUGGAACGGAUUGGCGAAAGGCAUCAAGGCAGUAUUCUAGAGAGAGGUUCAAGAGUUUGAGUCUUAACCUAAUGAAAGACGGAUCGUUGCAGCUUCAUGACGGGGUCACUGGAAAAGCCGUAGUCGUGUGAAGUGAAUUCAUUUCCUGAUGUUGUUUUUGUUUAUCCUGCCGAGUGUAGUAGUUUUUCCAUUCCAUUUAUCCCAAUCACGCCUGUUAUAGAAUAGUACGAGAGGUUUCGAACAGCGGGCGGCAAGAUUUGUUUACCAGGAUGAGCUUCCUCAAUGUGCUGCCUCUGACAUUAGGUACCCUCUGAGUUUGCAGAGAUCACAACACUAUUGGAACAAGUACUUGGUGCAGCUUGUCCUGGAUCUCAUGGAGGGAGGUAGAGUAAAUAGGCAUUUUAUUCCUGAAAAUCUUCUUCACUUGUAUAUUUUUCUUUACAUUAUUUGCUUGUGAUGAUUUACUGGGUGGGCCUUCAUAACUUUGAAGGAACACCAUAGAGCAAAAGAAGUUGACGGUGGAACUGCUUGUUGGGAUUUGAGUUUGAGGAAAUUUAAUGGUUUCUGUUUGUACAGAUUGGAAACACUCCAAAUUUCUGCUCUCUUGGAUGACAGCCUUAGCUUCAUGUAGGGUUUUUUGGCACUCAAACCCAAAAUUUGGAAGUUUGUUCUAAGAAUAGAAUGCCGCACAAUUGAUUUU